UAUAAGAAAGAUAAAAGAACAACAACAUCCACCACAACUCGCUAUUCCUCUCUCUCUCUGAAACAGAUGUCCAAGCAAUCUUUCAAGGUGUGUUUCUGUUUCAGGCGCAUAUUCAAGCUGAAGGCUUCAGAACCUCCGGAAGAUAUUAAGCGAGUAUUUGAAGAUUACUCAGAUAAUGGCACCAUGAGUAUUGAUCACCUGCAUUUGUUUUUGAGACAGUUCCAAGGAGAGGAUAAUGCAACAAAAGAGGAUGCUCAGAAUAUCUUCAAUAGUCUGAAGCAUCUCAAUAUCUUCCAACGUAAGGGCCUCCAUCUCGAAGCCUUCUUUCGGUAUCUUCUCAGUGACCACAACCCUCCUCUCUCUCCAUCAGUUGAGGUGCAUCAUGACAUGAAAGCUCCGUUGGCUCAUUAUUUCUUAUAUACAGGCCACAACUCUUACUUAACAGGGAAUCAACUUAGCAGUGACUGCAGUGUCGACCCUAUCAUAAAGGCACUAAAGAGAAGUGUAAGAGUAAUUGAAUUGGAUCUGUGGCCAAAUUCAACAAGCAAUGAUGUGGAUGUUCGUCAUGGAGGGACACUGACAUCUCCAGUAGAGCUCAUCCAGUGUUUAAAAGCCAUUAAGGAUCAUGCCUUUAUUGCUUCAGAAUAUCCUGUCAUAAUAACAUUUGAAGACCACCUUACACCCAAGCUUCAAGCUAAAGUGGCCCAAAUGGUCGCUGGAACAUUUGGAGACAUGCUAUGGCGCCCUGACACAGAUUUGGAGGUGUUCCCUUCGCCAGACUCACUGAAGAAAAAAUUUAUUAUAUCGACCAAACCACCAAAAGAAUACCUAGAAUCUCAGAAGAAGGAAAGGGGGGAUUUACACAAGGUGAAGAGUUCAGCAGAAGUUGGACCUUUGGAAAAUGAAAAUCAACCUGUCAAAGACGAAACUGUAACCGAUUCUGAGGAUGAAUCAGAUGAGGAUGAAGACUUGCAGAAUGCAGUUCCUGAAUAUAGGAAAUUAAUAGGCAUCCAUGCUGGGAAGCUGAAAGGUGGAAUAGCAAACUCGCUGGCUGACACUCCCAAGGUCAGACGUGUUAGCUUAUCUGAACAAGAGCUUGAAGAUGCUACCAGAACACAUUCAGAGCAUAUUGUCCGGUUUACCCAGAGGAAUUUGCUGAGGGUAUACCCUAAGGGUAUACGCUUUGACUCAUCUAAUUACAAUCCUUUGAUUGGGUGGAUGCAUGGAGCUCAAAUGGUUGCAUUUAACAUGCAGGGAUAUGGAAAGCACCUUUGGACUAUGCAAGGAAUGUUCAGGGCAAACGGUGGCUGUGGUUAUGUGAAAAAACCAGACUUCCUUUUGAAAAAUGGUGUAGUUCUUGAUCCCAGUGAGUUUCCAGUUCAGACAACUUUAAAGGUUAAGGUGUAUAUGGGAGAAGGAUGGCAUUCAGAUUUCAGUCAUACACACUUUGAUCUUUAUUCCCCACCAGACUUCUACACAAGGGUUGGAAUUACCGGAGUCCCAUAUGAUUCGGUAAUGAGGAGCACAAAAGCAAUUGAGGAUGAGUGGGUACCAGUAUGGAAUCAGGAGUUUGAAUUCCAAUUGACUGUUCCGGAAUUGGCUAUACUUCGAAUUGAAGUCAUGGAGUAUGACACAUCUGGAAAGAAUGAUUUUGGAGGCCAAACAUGUCUGCCUGUCUCAGAAUUGAGAAGCGGCAUCCGAUCAGUUCCACUACAUGACCGGAGGGGAGAAAAAUACAAAUCUGUUAGGCUGCUUAUGCGUUUCAAAUUUGAGUAAUGUUACCACUUGUUUGUGAAUAUCUGAUCUUAAUGUUGUUCAUAUGGUGUUGUAUAAUAAUAUAUAUAUAUAUAUAUACAUUGUGCCAGAAUUUGAGAAA